AAGAUGUCUCCAAACAGCUUGCUGGUGUCAAUAACGAUAUUCUUAUCGUUGGUUUACAAAUCGUCGGCGAUAUACUGUUUCUACUGUAACAGCGCGAACAACUCGGCUUGUAUCGAUCCAUCGCAAUUUGAUGACGAGAUCCGAGGCCGCAUCAUACCCAUCGUGGACUGCAAUACUGCUGUCAACCGAGUCGACGAGUAUGCCUUCUUCUGCAGGAAGAUUGUGCAGACCAUUUACCACCCUCACAAAGACUCCGAGCUUCGUGUGACUCGUGGCUGUGGUUGGGUGCGUCACGAAAAAGAUUGCUACAGAGCUGACAACCGCGACCAUUUAGAGACUGUCUGUCAGUGUUUUACUGAUCAUUGUAACAGCGCUGAUUCUAUGAGCCCCACAUCUACAACAGCAUUAUUUAUCGCUCUUGCUGUUUGCUUGUAUUAUUAUAAGAUUUAUUAAUUCUUUUGGCAC